ACAAAAAUAACGCCCGUCCUGCUGCGCACCGACUGAGACUGAUAAAGGAUCCAGCCUCAGUGGAUUUGGGCGCGUUUGCACUGAGUUACAGGCCAGUUUGAACCGAGACCGCUUCCUUGCAGUGAUGGGUUGUUACGAGUGCUGCAUGCGGUGUCUAGGAGGGGUGCCCUACAUCUCCCUAGUGGCCACGCUGUUCUGCUUUUCGGGCAUCGCGCUGUUCUGCGGCUGUGGACACCAGGCACUCACUGAGACCGAGAGGCUAAUCGAAAACUACUUUGCCCGCAACCUGCAAGACUACAUUACCCUGGCCUACCUUAUCGAGUAUUUCCAAUACAUUAUCUAUGGCCUGGCCACCUUCUUCUUCCUCUACUGCAUUGCACUGCUAGCUGAGGGCUUUUAUACCACCAGUGCAGCCAGGCAGACAUUUGGGGAGUUCAGGAGCACCGUGUGCGGCCGCUGUCUCAGCACUACGUUCAUCCUGAUCACAUAUUUCCUGGCUGUCGUGUGGCUGCUGGUCUUUGCCCUCUCGGCUCUUCCCGUGUACUUCUUUUACAACAUGGCCACCACCUGCCGCACCAUCGACGUCCUCUCCGAGACGCCCUCCAGCAUCAACCAGCUGUGUGUGGAUGCCAGACAGUAUGGUUUGCUUCCAUGGAACGCGGUGCCGGGGAAAGCUUGUGGGAUGACCCUGUCCAACGUGUGCAAAACAAGGGAGUUUUUCCUGACCUAUGAUCUCUACAUCGCCGCCUUCGCUGGAGCUGGCAUCACAUUAUUGGCCCUGCUCACAUAUGUGGUCUCCACUACUUACAACUUUGCCGUGCUGCGCUACCUGGGGAGGAAAGGCUUAGGUCCACGGUGUUAGGCUGUCCUGUCCUGUCCUGUCCUGUCCUGCAGUCCACACUGUCCACUCUGUUACCAACAACAAAGCACACCAUGGGACACUUGAAGAAAUCCUUUCCCCUGCCUGUUCACCGACACAGUAUUAUCUCUGUUCAAAACUUUCGAGAAACCUUUCCUUCAAAAUGGACAUUUUAAGGCUGCCCACUUGAGUUUCUGUCCAGCAGGUGGUGCUGUGGUUCUGAAGCAUUGAGCCUUGUGUUAAUAGUUCUGGGAAAAGGCUAAUCACACUAAUAACACUGCUUUAUUAUUUACACAGUGACAUGCAUAAAUUCGACCACCUCUGGCCAGAUUACAUGUUUUGUUGAAGUGAGAUUAAGUUAACGUGCUCGUGCUACAGGGAACUGAAAUAUGGCGUUUUUCUGCUGCUUUUCAAGUGCAUAGUUUCUGUUUUUGUGGUCUAACAUAUUGGAAAAACUAAAACAUACAUGUGCCGUUUCUUUACAUUUCACAUUGUUCACGACUUUUGCACAGGCACAUUUAGUUUUAGUUUUUCCCAGUAUGUUAAAUUUAAGCAAAUGAGCAGCAAUUGUGCACGAAAAUGUGCAGAAGUGUGUUCUCUGUAGAUGUGUGAACUUAUUUUCACCAAAAAAAAAAUGUAAAAAUCAACAAGACAUGGUAUUUGACCAAGUCUUCUGCGAAUAAAUUCACACUUCUGCUUGAUGGCGCCUUUUCUCCAGUGAGGGACACACGGCUGUCAGCCACUUGCACCUACUCAGUUCACAGUUUGGAUUUUGGUAGAAUUAUUUCAUUUGCAUUCACCUAUUUUUUUAUUUUUGUUGCUUCUUCAGUUUUGUUGAUGUAACUUGGUAAGUGCUGCUGUUUUAUAUUUGUUUUGUGAUUUGCAACUCAUGGCAUUCUUGUGUCUUUGUAUACUAGUGCCUGCAUCCCUUCUAGGUGUGGGAUGGUAGUUUUUCUCCAGGGUCAUCCAGUGUGGGUGUCAUUCAGUAGAGUAUUUAGUUUAGUAGACUUUCUCAUAUAUUUUGUUUUCUGUUACUUUGACUUAAGGAAGGAUAAAUUAAUUAGACAAGCUAUCCACCAAGACACAGAUCAGCAUUUACUUUUCUUUUUUUUUUGGCUUGGGGUUCACCAAAAAACAGGCCUCUCGUGUUGCUGAUGACUGGUUACCAUGGUGACGCAUCGUCUUUCACAUCUGGUUGCCAUGGUGCCAGACAACCAAGUGUGUGUCUAGUUGCUGUGACCUCAGCACUCCUUUUUUUUUUCUUUUUUUCUCACAGUCUUGAGAAUAAAAGAGGCCGGCCCGCUUAAUGAAAGGACCAAUGGGAGGAGGGCCCUGUGACAAGCCCAGCACCCAGGGUCAGCUCCACGUGCAGGGGAAGACCCCAUGACAAAAAGAGGGCAUAAACUUUUCAACUAGCUGAAUAGAGCUCUCCUGUGACUGGGAUAGAGGGAGGGCGGAGUGCUUGAGGUUGGGGGUGAUCUGUUUGCUUGGGCCGUGUUGUAAAGACCGUUUGGCAGGUUUAGUUUUGUGUGUAUGAAAAUAUCAGGGACUUUUUAAUGGAGACCUAACGUUGACGGAGGCUGGAGUGGAAUGUUUAAUAUUUCAAAAGGCAUCUGUCACUUAACGGAGGGAGACUUGUGUUGUGGAGAGCUGUGUUGGAUGGACCCUCUGGCUCCCCCUAGUGUUAGGUGAGCAUUCAUGUCGAAAGGCAUAAAAAGCUGCGUUUUUAGUUUUUAAUCCCUGUAAGGAUCAGGAGAAAUUUGGUAGUUAUUGUAUAACGCUUUUAGCUAGAAUUUUACUAAUCCUAAUGAAAUUUUACUUUAUUCAUCAAUUUUUUGAUUUUGUGCUACUAACAACAUUUGUUAGAACAAUGUUUGUAAAUACUGCGAAUGCUUUAUCCAACCCAGGUAGCUUACUGGGGCUCUUUUAGGAGAGACCAGGACACUUUGGUAAUAAAUGAAGUAAAAUAA